GCUGCGCAGGGCUGGGCAUGGCGGCGGCCGCGGAGGGUGUCCCGGUGACGCGUCGCGAGGAGCCGGCUCGAGACGAUGCCGCCGUGGAGACAGCUGAGGAAGCGAAGGAGCCCGCCGAGGCUGACAUCAGCGAGCUCUGCCGGGACAUGUUCUCCAAAAUGGCCACAUACUUGACUGGGGAACUGACAGCCACAAGUGAAGACUAUAAACUCCUGGAAAAUAUGAAUAAACUAACCAGCUUGAAGUAUCUUGAAAUGAAAGAUAUUGCUAUAAACAUUAGUAGAAACUUAAAGGACUUAAACCAGAAGUAUGCUGGAUUACAGCCUUAUCUGGAUCAGAUCAAUGUAAUCGAGGAGCAGGUAGCAGCUCUUGAGCAGGCAGCCUACAAGUUGGAUGCUUAUUCAAAAAAACUGGAAGCCAAGUACAAGAAGCUGGAGAAGCGAUGAAAACCUUAUUUCUAUGGGAUAAAGUCUUUUUUAAUGUGGAAGAAUGUUUUAUAACACCUGAAUUCUAAGGCUGAUGAAUUGUCAAAGCGCCUCAAAAGGAAUCUAUACUGGUCAUCCCAGGAACAUCCCAGUGUUGGAAAAACUGGAGGACUUUGGCUGCCCUUGAACUUACUUUGAGGCAGUAUCCCUCAGAAACUCACACUUACAACUCCUUACCU